AUGAUGUCAAAUGCGCAAAAAAAACGUGAAUAUUUCUUACGAAAUGCAGAAAUGUCACUUAGUGUACCAAUUCGAAGAAAAUGGUACAGAAAAGUGCCUGCAAUGGAUUUUCAAAAAAAUACCGCUCAAGGGAGCUGUUCUGAUUUGAGGAUGAGCACGACUUCUAAUCAACUGAUCGGAGCAGUAGCAACCUGGCAUAGCAUUCAUGCAAGCUUGAUGAAACUUGGUCUUUCAAGUGACUGUGUAUCAUCAGGAAAAGUGAUGAAAACAUCAUCCAAAUCAUCUACCUCAUCGAGUAGCAGAUAUUCCACCGAUUCAUUCAUCAGCUAUAUCAGCGAUGACUCAUUGAAUGGAAAUCAAACCAGCGAUGAAAGUCUGGAUGAUGAAAAAUUAUUUAACUGCCGACCGAGACUAUCCGUUUCAAAUCUAGAACUUCGAAGUUCACAGCUGAAAGAAAUGUUUCCGGGGUUGUCGGAACACUGGAGGUGUUUUUAA